AUGCAAUGUUUCAACAAUGAUCCUUAUCCGAAUGCUCCACAACGAUUGGCACUUUCAUCUUUCAUAAUGUUCAUGUUUUUAUUUCUAUUAUCUCUUUGUCUUGUAGUUCCUGGAGUUAUUUCACUCACUUCUCAAUUAAAAUGUGAAAGAAAAAUUGUGAGUGUUGACAGAUUGACAUUGAAUGAUACCAUUCCUAAUAGAAUCAAAUAUAGAUACACUUUGGAAUUGUCUAUUAAGGAUAAUUCCAUUAGAUAUAACUCAAUUUCCAUUUAUGAAUGUUUUGAGGGAGAAUGUGAAAUCAACAAGUUUGAAAAUUUCACAACUUUCUGUACGUAUGAUCCCAGAAAGAAAGGACCUCGAUUAGAUACUCAAGCAGAUUUUAUUGGAUUGUUUGCAGCAGCUGGUAUUUGUUUGAUAAUUUCGUUUGGUUUCUUAUUAAUUAGUUUGACUGUUUUCAUCAUUGGUUUACAAUUUAUUUUUGAAUUAUUAUAUAGAAAGGAUUGUUUUAAAGCUAGAAUUAUGGAAGGAAAUGUUUAUUUCAAAUCAAGGAAUGGCACUUUCUCAACCUGUUUAGAUUUGUAUUUGAAAUUUACUGGAUUUUCAGUGAAACAGUUCAGAAAAACUUACAAGCCUUGA